CUUUCCCCCAAAAUCACGGAAAAGCUAAGGGGCAAAAAAGUAAAAAAAUUCUCUAAAGUGAUCGAAGAAAAUGGGAAAGUCACUCCCAUUUCCCAAACACGCUCUCAUCUCUCUUCUUCUUCUUUCAGUAUCUUCCGAUCAGACAUCAAUAUAGUUUAAAGAUGGAGAGUGGUAGGAACUCACGCUGUGCUGCUUGCAAGAUCCUCCGUAGAAAUUGCACUCAGAAUUGUGUUUUUGCUCCACUGUUCGAGCCCCACAACAAGAUGCUGCAGUUCCAACAGGAGUGCUUCCAAUCGCCUAACAUUCCAAAUCUCUUCAAUAACUUGGUCUCUGAGAUGGCUGCCACCACUCAAUCAGAGGUUCCGAGUGGCGCGGUUGAUUCUACUGGGAAGGCGAAACACAGAAUGUUAUUCAAUGAGGAGGAAGGAUAUAAAGAUGGAUUGAUGCAUCUUCAUUUCAUGAACCUAUGCACGAGUGAACAUGGCAGGCUCUUGGUAAAGCAGAGGUUAGUCGCCUGUUCUAGUAUUGAGGGGGUAAUAGACAUCAAAACCUGUAAGAAGAACUUCAAGGAUUGGUUCAAGCAAAUCAGGAGGGAGCCGGAUAAUCAAUUUCAAAAGCAUCUCAAUGAUUUCAUAACUCUUAUGAACUCCCCCGACUUUAGGAUCUUCUGCUACAAUAUCUACCAGUCUACCGAGCGCGUCCCGUUGCUACCGACACCUCAUGUUUCUCAAGAUACCAUCUCUUUAAGAAGCUCUGAUAAGGUGGUCUUUGAGAUGAAUAAGAUGGUUGCAAUCUCUGAAUCAAAGCUUCUUAAAGACGUUAUUGAAUGUCACCCAAAUGAAGAUGAGAUUCCCGUGCCUCGAGUAUCCAGCCUCGUCCUCCCGGAGGUCAUCUCCUUUUGCGAGAAGAAACUCAAAUUCGAUCAGCUCUUUAAGAGUAUUGGGGAGAUUUUGAAGACUGUUUUCAUCCCCUACCAAGCUUGGGUCACACGCUUCGUCAACAAUAAUCAUAGCAUUUUCUCUCACUUGCAUGAUGCUGCGAACUUUCUCAACAUUCCAAGCCUUUUUGAGUUUACAUCACUUUUCACUGGACUGCAAGAUAGAGGUGAAAACGAAAACAAAAUUCAAGAGACAUCGAAGUGGUAUUCAGCAUCAUCCAUGCUUUCAACUAUGGGGAUUGAUAUUGGAGAAGCUUCUUAUAUUUCGCUAAAUUUUGGAUAACUCUUGCAUUUCAUUGCAGUUCAUCACCUCUUUCUAGUUAUAUGACAUGAUUGUAUUAGCUUAUUUUUCCUCAAUCAAUUUUUAUACUCAAACUUCUUCUCAUAAUUGAUUGGUUAUAGAAUCAAUUGCCAAGAGAAAUCAAUAGAAAAUGGUUUUGUCAUCUAGGUCACUCCAUUACUGGCUGAGGUCAACAUGUGAGGGUUACUUUGAUUCCAGCUCACAAAGUUAUGUAAACUUAUUUAAGUUGUAGUAAUAUAUUACAUUGGAACAAGGUGUUUUGUGUUUUGGUCAAAGAACCAGGUGUUAAAUAUCCACUGGGUAAGUGAGAACCGGAUUAAAAGCAUUAUAUGUAACUAUUGCUCUGACUAGGUUUGCAGCUUAUGUA